AUGCAAAUUAAAAGCAGCGUCUCCUGCUACUUAUCAUUGUGUGCUUCGAGUUUGAUCAUUCUAAUCCAUAUUUUAUCAUGCCCUUACAACAAAGUUGAGGAGUCGUUCAAUAUUCAGGCUAUUCACGAUAUCGUAUACCACGGAAGUAAUCUGUCCCAGUAUGACCACCUGCACUUUCCCGGUCCUGUCCCAAGAACAUUUAUAGGACCGCUUCUUCUAGCUUUGCCCUGUUUAUUCCUGCGUUCCCUUGUAUCCAAGACCGCAUUCCAUAAAUUAGGCUCGGUUUUUAGGAAGCGGUUUCAUCCCCUGUUCUACUUUCGAUUCCUACUCAUAACUUAUACGCAAUUUCACUUGGCGUUCUAUUCUACAAGAACUUUACCGAAUACAUUUGCUCUGGUCACUAUCUUCCUUUUGCGGGGUUCCGAUUGUGAAUUCAUUAUGCUUUCUGGUUUUGGAAUCCUCGUUUUUCGCAGCGAAUUAUUACUGCUUUAUGGUCCCCUACUUAUUUUUGGGCUCUACCACAUGCUCACAGUCGUUUUUGACUCGUACUUUUGGCAACGUUGGCUCUGGCCUGAAGGAGAAGUGUUUUAUUUCAACGUUAUUGAAAAUAAAAGCCAUCUCUGGGGCCUGGCCGUCCGUGAAAAUCAUCCCUUGAUGGGACUGGAAAUCGUGGCUUUGGUUUUCAUCACACUCUACUCCUUCCUUCCUCAUAAAGAGCUGCGAUUCAUCAUCUAUACGAUCCCAAUCUUCAACCUCCUGGCUGCCUACUUUUGGAGCUAUGUGUGCCCUGCUUUUGUGUACCACAUCUGUCGGAUAGCGGUUUUUUUCUGCUAUGCUAGUCUAUUUGUUAAUCUCUGCGCCUCUAUUGGACUGCUCUUUGUUUCAUCUCACAACUAUCCUGGAGGUGAGGCAAUCACCCGGCUAAACAAGUGGCCUCAAUUGCAUGUGCACGUCUACAUUGGUAAUCUGGCGGCUCAGACAGGAGUUAGUCGAUUUCAAGAAAUUAAUGACCACUGGACAGGUCAUUGUGACCUUUUUGCACCUCCUCUUCGACGCAGCACCUAA